GCAGGAAAGUACACAUUCACACGGUGCCGCCGCUGCAUCGACUCGAAAACAACCGAAAACAACCGGACGGUUCGCAGUUACACCGACACAACGGCUCAUGACACGUUCAUAGAAACACGAACUUGUGUGACAACAAUGGAGAAACCUCCCUUCAGGCAGAACCAGAACUGCGGAGACUGGGAGCUGAAAGAGAGGCUGGGCAUGGGCGGCUUUGCCCAUGUUUACCUGUACCAACAUCAUGAAACAAAUGAAAAACUAGCUGUGAAACUGUGCCGUCUGGAGCUCACACCAAGAAACAAGGACAGAUGGAGCCGAGAAAUCCAAAUCAUGAAAAAGUUGAAUCACAUCAAUGUUGUGACAGCCCGAGACGUCCCGGAGGAAAUGAGGCACAUAGCCUUAAAUGAUCUUCCACUGUUGGCCAUGGAGUACUGUUCCAGGGGAGACCUGAGGAAGAUGCUGAGCAAACCUGAAAACUGCUGCGGUUUGAAAGAGAGCGAAGUGCUUUCGUUACUCAAUGAUGUCGGAUCUGGUAUCCAGUAUCUGCAUGAAAACAAGAUCAUACACAGAGACCUUAAACCUGAAAACAUAGUGCUGCAAGAUAUCAACGGGAAGCUGGUUCACAAAAUCAUUGACCUGGGCUAUGCUAAAGACCUGGACCAGGGCAGUCUGUGUACCUCCUUUGUUGGCACGCUUCAGUACCUGGCCCCUGAACUGUUUGAAAAUAAGCCAUACACUGUUACUGUGGACUACUGGAGCUUUGGCACUAUGGUGUUUGAAUGCAGUUGUGGUUUCCGUCCGUUUCUGCACAACCUUCAACCCGUGCAGUGGGCCAGCAAAGUGAGGAAUAAAGGUCCAAAAGACAUCAUGGCUGUAGAGGAACUGAACGGAGAAGUCAGGUUCUCCACACACCUCCCAUACCCCAACAAUCUCAGCAGGACACUGUUGGAGCCGAUGGAGGCUCUGCUGCAGCUGAUGUUAAAGUGGGAUCCUGUCCAGAGAGGAGGGAAAGUCAACGCCGACACUAAGAGGCCCAUGUGCUUUGAAGUGCUGGAGCAGAUACUGAGUAUGAAGGUCGUCCACAUCCUGAACAUGACCACAGCUCAGGUCCACUCCUUCCAGCUGACGCCGGAGGAAAGCCUCCACAGUCUGCAGAAGCGCAUCGAGGCCGAGACCAAGAUUGAAGUAGUGAACCAGGAGCUGCUGCAGGAGACGGGAGUGUCACUGGAUCCCAGGAAGCCCGCUGCACAGUGUGUCCUAGAUGGAGUGAGAGGGUGGGACAGCUACAUCGUCUACCUGUUUGACAAGAGCAUCACCAAGUACCUUGGUCCCCUCAGUGCCAGACAGCUGCCUGAUAAAGUCAACACUAUUGUGCAAGAAGCCAAGACACAGCUGCCCCUGGUGGUGCUAAAGAAGGUUUGGGGUGAAGCAGUGAGCUACAUCUGUGGGCUGAAGGACGACUACAGCAGACUUUUCCAAGGACAGAGAGCUGCUAUGCUGAGUCUCCUGCGCUACAACACCAACCUGACCAGGUGUAAGAACAGCAUGUUUGGCUUCUCUCAGCAGCUGAAGGCCAAGCUGGACUUCUUCAAAAGCAGCAUCCAGUACGACUUGGAGAAAUACAGCGAUCAGAUGCACAUCGGCAUAUCCUCAGAAAAGAUGCUGAAAGCCUGGCAGGAGAACGAGGAGAGAGCUGCUGCGUUUGCACAGGUGGCAGAGGUGAGCCAUCUGGAUGAUGAGAUCAUGGCUCUGCACUCAGAGAUAGUUGAACUUCAGAGGAGCCCGUACGCUCGACGCCAAGGAGACAAGAUGGAGCAGCUAGAAGAAAAAGCGAUUGAGCUCUACAAGCAAAUGAAGAUGAAAUGCAAAAUACCUGAGCCAGAUGUGAGCAGUGACAGCUCUGAGAUGGUGAAGGCCAUCAUUCAGACUGUCCAGAACCAAGACAAGGUCCUCAAAGACCUGUACACACACCUCAGUAAGAUCCUGAUCAGCAAACAGAAGAUCAUUGACUUGUUUCCACGUAUUGAGAAAACCCUGGAGAGCAUCAAGGACGCAGACAACACCGUGAUGCAGAUGCAGAUCAAGAGACAAAGAGAGUUCUGGCAUUUACUGAAGAUCGCCUGUGCUCAGAACUCGUCACGAAACUCGAUAGCAGCCAGUCCCGAGUCGUCCAACCUGCUGCAGGUUUCUCAGUGGUCGCAAUCAGCGCAGCCUGUCAGCUCCCCACAUCCCCUGACCUCCCUGCCUGGGCCAAAUGACAGUGACGCUGCACCACGUCUGCUGCAGGAGAACCAGAAGUACCUCAGUCAGCUGACCAGCCUGAUGCAGGAGGCUGCUGAUGAACAGGCCAAAAGCAUCGUGGACCAAGACUGGAGCUGGACGAAAUACGAAACUUUAACCACAAAAUUAAAAAAGAGAAAUGCGUAAGGGUUUUGUUGUGUCUUUCCAUCCCUGCCUGUGCUCCGAGUAACACUAAAGACUGUGAGCUGCUAACACGAGCAGAGUGGCGUCAGAGAAACUUUGUACAGUUGUACAUGGACUCGGGAUAUUCUCUUUAAAAAAAAUGUCCUCGAAGACGGAGUUCACACAUGCUCAGUGGUGUCCGUCAACUCCCGUCGUCUCACAUGGUGGAAAGUUUGAUGAAUAUUCUUGUUUUUAUAUGAGAAAACGAUGAAGCUGUGUAACUCUACUUUUCUUUUUCCUUUUGCAGCACAAUAAACAUCAUAAUUCAUUUUUACUGUCAAUAGCAGAAUUGAGCAAACUGUAGCACCAUAUCUGAGGUGGAUUUAUCAUAUGAAAGAGCGUUGGACACAAACAUGGGAACGAGUUCAGCCGUGUGACAUACAAGGGAAACACAGGAAGUGGGUGGGGGGGGGGGGGGGUCAAAGAGGAAAUUACAAUCAAGCAAACAGCACUUUGAUACUCCCAUGUGUCCCCUCUGUAAAGAGGUGGGACGUGUCCAGGCUGCCAGACACUGUCGCAGGAUUCACAGAUUUACAAACACAGUUUAACUUUUAACGUCACUCAUAAUCAGUUUGAUAUAUUUUACUAUUCACAGUCGGGGGUAACAGAGUCUCUGUACAUGUUUUUGUUUUUUAAAUAAAGUGUUAUGUAACAUAGGCAGGAGUGUUUUGUCAUGAUAAUGAGACAGACGUGGCUGGCCAUCAUGUUUAUACCUUGUCUAUAAUGUACAUCCAUCUUUUUAAUUGUCUGCAAGAUACAAAGGGUUUUAUUGUCUCAUUUAUGUGCACAUAUUGUUUCACUGGAUGGUUCAUGCUGCGUUCAUGUCACACAGAGCUGGAACGAUUUCAUCCAAGUUUAAUGCAGAUUUGAAACACACUGCAGAAAAUCAGCUCAAGAAAAUACAAAUUAUUAAGAGUUGAACAGCUGGUGGAGCUAAUUCUCCAGGUGGGUGCUAUUAAACAACCACAGAGGAAGAGCAUGUACCUUCCUGUGUUAAUGUGAGGAAGGUCACAGCCUCCUCAUCGCUCCACAUGUAUCUGAUGCUUUCAGCUCUUCAGUUUAAGUCACACGCCUCAUGUAUGUCAUGAUUCAUUUGUUGAGUCUUCCUCCAUUACUCUUUGUCACAUUUUGCUUUAUUGAAACACCAGUUUUCCCCCCAGCAAAGCAAAAAAAAAAAAAAACAAAAAAAAAAAGGAUUUUCAAUGUUUCGACUCAGGUUUGUUUGUGCAAAUUUAAAAAAGCAAAUAAAAAGAGUUCGACAGAAACAAACUUAAUCAGUCACUUUGUGAUCAAAAGAAUGAAAAUCAAACAUGAACAGGAUUUGCUGCUUUCUCUCAUGUGACAGUAAACUGUGAUGCCACGUUCACACAGGAUCGGGAAGCACAGCAAAGCCUAUCUUUCCUGCAAGCUGCGAGUGACUGACGAGAAAACACAGUGAUUAUCUGUUAUUAACUGUGGAAAGGAAAUAUUAUAUAUGAUGAGAUUGAAAUUAUAGAACAUGCACCCCAUGCUUACUAAUUCCAUAUAUUUGUCAGUUCUUCAUACACUCACACACAAACAAACGCACUGCAGAGAAUGCGCUUCUGCUGACAGGCGGCUGCACGACCACUUAACAUAUCGGCCUGCGUCCGCCUCCUGUGAAUCAGACGACAACCUCCAACCAUGAAGCCAGAAGUGCCAAAAACUGCAGUUCCUCUAAAGGCCACUAGAGGCUCAGUCCCCGUGUUACAGCAGAGAUAAACAUGUUUACAACCCGGUACAGAAACAGUUUUGGUCUCUGUAGCUACUUUCAACACUCAUGACGACUGUACGGAGGUUUUUUUUAUAUAUAUAACUCACCUGUUAACAUUUUAUUAAAGCUUUAAGUUAACGACAGGCUGUCUGCUUACGUUGCCCUCGGCCUCACCGUCAGAUCCAUGCCUCGCUCCUCCUCAGCACCAGCCUGUUGCCCAGUUUUGGUCACUUCUGGGUCCUUGACAAACAAGAUGGUGACGGCCACAAUGACGAACUAGAGGCUUCAGAUCAGCGGUCCACAAACUAAUGUGUGACGUCACGGAGGCUUUGUCCAUUAUUUUUACAGUCUGUGGUGUGAACGUGGCGUAAAAACACCGCUCUGACAAAACAAGCAGUUUUUAUACGUCUUCUUGGCUCUGACAAAUUGUAACGAGCACAUUUGACUGAAAAAAUAAUAAAUUCAUUAAUAAAGGAAAUAAUUAGCACAUUAUUUAAUUAGUCAUUCAGCUGUCUUCAGUGAUCUGAUAUAGUAGUAAGUGGGAUUGUAACUCACCAAUAGAAUAAAAUAAAUAAAUGUCCAAGGUGAUAUAUUCAGAUAACAUUUAUCCAACCAUCAGACCAAAACACAAAGAUAUUCAACUUACAUUUAUAUAAAACAAAGAAAAGCAGCAAAUCAUCAUGUUUGAGAAGCUGGAAACUGAAAAUAAUAAAUAUUUUUUGCUUAAAAACCCUGAAACAAUCGAUCAGUUAACAAAACUGUCGCUGAGGAAUCAACUAAUUGAUUAAUCAACCGAUCCUUUCAGCUCUCGUCACAAACACGGGACUCUUUCUGAGUUCUGUCGUCUGUCUAUGACAUGAACGUGGCUUUAUUCAUGGAGGUGUGACACCAUCUGGUUUCUGUAGAACAUCGUAGCACAGUCGGCGUCUUGGACCAUCGAUCCAUAGUGAAAUCAAUGUGAACGAUUGGAAACAGGAUUUGAAAUAGUUGAAUGUACUGCAGUGAGCAGGGAGCUUUGGCCGGAGAGGAGUGAACCUUCUGAGUUGUAUUUAUGAAGUUGAAGUGCAAUGGAAAAAGAUUUUCUUUUUUUUUGUAUUUAAGUAACUUGAUUUGUGUCUUCGUUUCUUUCCAUGUAAGUAUUUUGUUUCCAUCUCAUGUUUUAAAUUUGUCUCUGAAUGUUUAAUUUCUAGAAAUGUCAUUGUAUAAAGAUCAAAUGUUUGCCUGGUAAUAAAAUAAAAUGACUUUGGCAUGAC